GCCCAGAAAAACGACAACGCGAGAAAAAUUAGUAUUUUUGCACUUCACAAAUUAAUGACCAUGAGUUCGUUUUUGAUAAACUCCAACUACAUCGAGCCCAAAUUCCCUCCCUGCGAGGAGUACACGCAGCACAGCGGCAGCGCCGGCAGCUCCGCCAGCUACCACCCGCACCACCCGCACCCGCACGCCCCACCACCGCCGCCGCCGCCGCCGCCGCCGCACCUGCACGCCGCGCACCCGGGUCCCGCUCUGCCCGAGUACUUCCCGCGGCCCCGCCGGGAACCCGGCUACCAGGCUCCCGCCGCGCCGCCGGGGCCGCCGGGGCCGCCUCCCGAGGCGCUGUACCCGGCGCAGGCACCCUCUUAUCCCCAGGCGCCCUACAGCUACAGCAGCGCCGGCAGCGCAGCCCCGGGCCCCGAGCAGCCGCCCCCGGGCGCCUCUCCGCCGCCGCCGCCGCCCUCCAAGGGCCACCCCGGGCCGACCCAGCCCCUGCUCCCCGGCCAUGCCCUGCAGCGCCGCUGCGAAGCGGCCCCCGCCGCCGGGGCCGGCACCGGGCCGGGCUGCGCGUUGCUGCCCGACAAGAGCCUGCCCGGGCUGAAGGGGAAGGAGCCGGUGGUGUACCCCUGGAUGAAGAAGAUCCACGUGAGCACGGUCAACCCCAACUACAGCGGCGGGGAGCCCAAGCGGUCCCGCACCGCCUACACCCGACAGCAGGUCCUGGAGCUGGAGAAGGAGUUCCACUUCAACCGCUACCUGACCAGGAGGCGACGCAUCGAGAUCGCGCACACCCUGUGCCUCUCCGAGCGCCAGGUCAAGAUCUGGUUCCAGAACCGGCGCAUGAAGUGGAAGAAGGACCACAAGCUGCCCAACACCAAGAUGCGCUCCUCCAACCAGCCCUCGCUCGGCCAGCAGCAGGCCAAGGCACAGACACAGGGCCACCCCCGCCCGCUCGACGGGGCUGCGCCCAACGCGGCCGCGCUAUAAGGGGGUUAUCUUUUUUUGUGGUUUUUUUUUGUUCUUUUUUUUUUUUUUUUAAUAUAUAGAUCUCUAUUUACCUAUCUAUUGGGGUUGUGCGGCCACCCGCACUGGCGGCUGGCCCUUGGGACCACGCAACUGUGUAAAACAAAGCAGGAGCAGGGAAGGAGGACGAGACGUGCCCAGGGACGGGCACACGUUGAAACCAAAACCCGGACGAUUGCCUACAUUGUAUAUAGAUAAUUGUUCCAUGCCCAUCAUUUUUUUUCUAUUUAUGGAAACCCUCUCUUGCCCUCGCUGUAAGAGUGCUGGAUGCUGUCACGGACGAAUUCUCUGUACCUAUGACGGACUCUUUUUUUUUUUUUUUUAAUUUUAAA